CCUCAUCCCCUCUCAUCAUCAGCAACAAGAACCACUCGACAAACAAGUGAUUUCCGGCCCCCUCUCGAAUUAUUAGCCGCAGAAGAAGAAGCAGAAGAAGGAAUUACAGGUGAAUUAGUUAGUUCAUUAUGGGUUCGGAGUCGUCACUUGUCCAUGUCUUCUUGGUCUCCUUCCCGGGUCAAGGGCACGUGAACCCACUGCUGAGGCUCGGGAAGAGGCUCGCCUCCAAGGGCUUGCUCGUGACCUUCACCACUCCCGAGAGCAUCGGGAAGCAGAUGAGGAAGGCCAGCAACAUCAGCGACCAGCCUGCACCUGUGGGCGAUGGUUUCAUCAGGUUUGAGUUCUUUGAGGAUGGGUGGGACGAGGACGAGCCGAGGAGGCAGGACCUGGACCAGUAUCUUCCCCAGCUCGAGAAGGUCGGAAAAGUUCUGAUCCCCCAGAUGAUCCAGAAGAACGCGGAGCAGGGUCGCCCUGUAUCAUGCCUCAUCAACAACCCUUUCAUUCCGUGGGUCUCUGAUGUCGCCGAGACCCUUGGCCUCCCCUCGGCUAUGCUGUGGGUCCAGUCGUGUGCUUGCUUCUUGGCGUACUACCACUACUACCACGGUUUGGUCCCUUUCCCUUCUGAAAACGCCAUGGAGAUCGACGUACAACUGCCAAGCAUGCCAUUGCUAAAGCAUGACGAGGUCCCGAGCUUCUUGUACCCGACCACACCUUACCCUUUCCUAAGGAGGGCUAUCUUGGGUCAGUACAAGAACUUGGAGAAGCCCUUCUGCAUAUUGAUGGACACGUUCCAGGAACUUGAGCACGAGAUCAUCGAGUACACGUCCAAGAUCUGCCCGAUCAAGACCGUCGGCCCGCUAUUCAAGAAUCCUAAAGCCCCGAACACGACCGUCAAGGGAGACUUCAUGAAGGCGGACGACUGCAUUGGGUGGCUGGACUCGAAACCAGCGUCCUCCGUGGUGUACGUGUCGUUCGGGAGUGUUGUAUACCUGAAGCAGGAUCAGUGGGAUGAGAUCGCGUAUGGGCUUCUGAACUCCGGGGUGAACUUCCUGUGGGUGAUGAAGCCGCCACACAAGGAUUCGGGUUACACAGUGCUCACCCUGCCGGAAGGGUUCCUAGAGAAGGCCGGGGACAGAGGGAAGGUGGUGCAGUGGAGCCCACAGGAGCAGGUCCUGGCGCACCCCGCCACCGCAUGCUUCGUCACGCAUUGUGGGUGGAACUCGUCUAUGGAAGCCCUCACGUCGGGGAUGCCGGUCGUGGCCUUCCCUCAGUGGGGUGACCAGGUCACCGACGCCAAGUACCUCGUGGAUGAGUUCAAGGUCGGGGUCAGGAUGUGCCGGGGCGAGGCCGAGGACAAGCUCAUCACCCGGGACGUGGUGGAGCAGUGCCUCCGUGAGGCCACCCAGGGGCCCAAGGCAGCGGAGAUGAAGAAAAAUGCGCUGAAGUGGAAGGCGGCGGCCGAGGCGUCCUUCGUCGAGGGUGGCUCCUCCGACCGGAACCUCCAGGCAUUCGUGGACGAAGUGAAGAGAAGGAGCAUCGAGAUCACGGCAAGCAAGCCCGCGGUGAAGGCAGCUCCCAACGGGGUGGUGGCAGCCGCAGAAUCGGUGGUAGAGACAAAGGCCAACGGGAAGGUAGAGCUCGCCGCAUGAACCAAGUCCGAGUUCGAGGUUUAUGUACACACGUGCUGAGUUUUGAUUGGAAGGUAACCUAAUAUUCUGUGGCAUUAAUUACUGGAAAUUCCAAACCUCAGACGCUGAGGGCCAAUGGAGGAUCGUAUCGUCAUCGACCUACCUUUCUGUUGGAUUUUCUCCACCUUUUUUUUUUUUUUGCUUUCUUUUAUUGUCAAUGUUUACAUUUUUUUUGCUUUCUUUUAUUGUCAAUGUUUACAUUAA